UCGCGGACAAGUCCCGACAUCGCGCGCCCCCCCCCCCCUCCGGGACCGCCCCCUCCCCGCUCUCGGCGUCGUCGAAGGUAAACAAUAGUUGGCCGGCAAGCGCCGAGGCUGUCUCCCGCCGCCGGAUUCGGCGGGCUGCGUGGGACCGGCGGGACCCCGGCCAGCCGGCCAUGGCGGGGCUGUACUCGCUGGGAGUGAGCGUCUUCUCCGACCAGGGCGGGAGGAAGUACAUGGAGGACGUUACUCAAAUCGUGGUGGAGCCCGAGCCGACAGCCGAAGAAAAGCCGUCGCCGCCGCGGUCGCCUCCGCAGCCGUCACCACCGGCUCUUCCUGGCAGCGAAGUCCCGGGGAAAGGCCCAGCGAGGGCAGCUCGAGAAGCUCGCGACCCUCCGCCGGACGCUGGGGCCUCGCCGGGUCCCGGCCGCUGCUGCCGCCGCCGCUCCUCUGUGGCAUUUUUCGCCGUGUGCGACGGGCACGGUGGGCGGGAGGCGGCACAGUUUGCCCGGGAGCACUUAUGGGGUUUCAUCAAGAAGCAGAAGGGGUUCACCUCGUCGGAGCCGGCGAAGGUUUGCGCUGCCAUCCGCAAAGGCUUCCUCGCCUGUCACCUCGCCAUGUGGAAGAAACUGGCAGAAUGGCCAAAGACUAUGACAGGUCUUCCCAGCACGUCAGGGACAACUGCCAGUGUGGUCAUCAUACGGGGCAUGAAGAUGUAUGUAGCUCACGUGGGUGACUCAGGGGUGGUUCUUGGAAUUCAGGAUGAUCCGAAGGAUGAUUUUGUGAGAGCUGUGGAGGUGACACAGGACCAUAAACCAGAACUUCCCAAGGAAAGAGAACGAAUCGAAGGACUUGGUGGGAGUGUAAUGAACAAGUCUGGGGUGAAUCGUGUAGUUUGGAAACGACCUCGGCUCACUCACAAUGGACCUGUUAGAAGGAGCACAGUUAUUGACCAGAUUCCUUUUCUGGCAGUAGCAAGAGCGCUUGGUGAUUUGUGGAGCUAUGAUUUCUUCAGUGGUGAGUUUGUGGUGUCACCUGAACCAGACACAAGUGUUCACACUCUUGACCCCCAGAAGCACAAGUAUAUUAUCCUGGGAAGUGAUGGGCUUUGGAAUAUGAUUCCACCUCAAGAUGCCAUCUCAAUGUGCCAGGACCAAGAGGAGAAAAAAUACCUGAUGGGUGAACAUGGACAAUCUUGUGCCAAAAUGCUUGUGAAUCGAGCACUAGGCCGCUGGAGGCAGCGUAUGCUUCGAGCAGAUAAUACUAGUGCCAUAGUAAUCUGCAUCUCUCCAGGAGUGGACAGUCAGGGAAAUUUCACCAAUGAAGACGAGCUCUAUCUGAACCUGACUGAUAGCCCUUCCUAUAAUAGUCAAGAAACCUGCAUGAUGACUCCUUCCCCAUGUUCUACACCACCAGUCAAGUCACUGGAGGAGGACCCAUGGCCAAGGCUGAACUCUAAGGACCAUAUACCUGCCCUUGUUCGUAGUAAUGCCUUCUCAGAGAAUUAUUUAGAAGUCCCAGCUGAGGUAGCUAGAGGGAGUGUCCAGGCUGCAGUCAUACCCUCAAAAGAUCCAGAGCCACUUGAAGAAAAUUGCACUAAAGCCCUGACUUUAAGGAUACAUGAUUCUUUGAAUAAUAGCCUGUCAGUUGGCCUUGUGCCUACCAAUUCAACAAACACCAUCAUGGACCAAAAAAAUUUUAAAUUGUCAACUCCAGGUCAAAUGAAAGCCCAAGAAGUUGAAAGAACCCCUCCAGUAAAUUUUAAAAGGACAUUAGAAGAAUCCAACUCUGGCCCUCUUAUGAAGAAGCAUAGACGAAAUGGCUUAAGUCGAGGUAGUGGUGCUCAGCCUGCAAGCCUCCCCUCAACCUCGCAGCGAAAGAAUUCUGUUAAACUCACCAUGCGACGCAGACUUAGGGGACAGAAGAAAAUGGGAAAUCCUUUACUUCACCAGCACAGAAAAACUGUUUGUGUUUGCUGAAAUGUGUCUGGAAAAUGAUUUUUUCCCAAAUUUAGGUUACAAGAGGGCUUUUUGAAGUUGGUGCCGAAGUUGAACUUUUUUUAAGGGGACAAAAUAAAAAUAGUAUACAGUUUAACUUUUUGGAAUUCUACAGUUUUAUCCUGGCCUUGUACUUGCUUGUAUUAUAAAUGUGAAUUUUAUAGAUAUUAGGAUAUAAGUUGCUGUAAAAUGUGUGUAAAUUUGUAUCCUUUACACAAACUCAGUUCCUUACUCUGAUACACAGUAAAUGUAACAGCAGGGCUAGAUGUUUAAAAAAACUCAAAAGAAUCUAUUAGAUUCUAGAAAUACAUUUAAACUUUUUAAAAUGCUUAUUAAGAAAUUUGUCUAAGUUACUUGUGAAAACUACACAACUUUUUAAAGUAAAUUAUUAAGCAAACUGGAAAAGUGCUGUAUUUUCAUAGUGACCUGUGUUCCACUUAAUGUUUCUUAGAGACAACUAGUGUCUUUUAAAAGUUAUUUUUUAUUUCUAAUUUCAUCAUUCAGAACUAAAUUUUUCAUAGAAGCAGAAGUGUUGAGCCAUGCUAAAGUAGCUGGGUGUUAGUCUUCUUGUCCUAAUUAAAAUACUUGCAGUAUCUCUUAUUUCAGUAGCAUUUUUUAAAACAUUAAUCAUCAGAUAUACUCACCAGAUUUUUGGAGUAGAAGGAGGUAUGUUUGCCUAAAAAGAUGCUCUUCUGAAUUAUCCCAGACAUUCAGUGGCAUUAUUAGUAGUUACCCUCUUCUAGUGUUUGCAUAAAAUAUGUGAAAUUUUUCUUGCUAUUUCAAUAAUGGAUGGUGCUGCUAAUUCCCAAUAUUUCUUAAAUUAUUUUAUAUAUCGUACAGUUUUCAUUAAUUAUAUGGAUAUAUGUUUCAUCUAAUAAAUCAGUGAACUGUUCCUGAUGUUGCUGGAUUUUUGUGGUUGGUUUAUUUUAAUAUAUAUUAACUUUUUGUUGGGCCUUGAUCAUGCUUUAAAGUAUCAACUUAAAAUGCAUGUAAUGUUCCAUUUUUGCACUCUUGACUUUUUUUUUUUUUUUUUUUUUUGGUGAGGAAGAUCAGCCCCGAGCUAACAUCUGAUGCCAAUCCUCCUCUUUUUUGCCGAUGAAGAUUGGCCCUGGGCUAACAUCCAUGCCCAUCUUCCUCUACUUUAUAUGGGACGCCGCCACAGCAUGGCUUGAUAAGCAGUGCGUUGGUGCGUGCCCAGGAUCCGAACCUGCAGACCCUGGGUCACUGAAGUGGAGUGUGCGCACUUAACCACUGUGCCACCCAGCCAGCCCCUUGACUUUUUAAUUUUAAUUUAGAACACAUCAAAACAGGCAAACUGCCCAACAAUAAGAAUAUGGUUGUCAGUUAUGGCUUAUAAGCAUUUGAUGAAAUAAUUAUGUAGCAAUUAAAAAUAGAACUGUGUACUUUGGUGAUAUAGGAAAAAACUAAAAGGAACUAAUAUUAAAACACUAAGAGUAUGUCGUUUUGGUGUGGUGAGUUGUUCUACAAUGAGAAAUUUUCAAAAUUUAUUCAUUUAGAACAAGACCUCUCAUUGAGAGAUUGAAGAGUUAAUUCAUGAAUUCAACAUUUAUUAUACACCUACAAUAUGCUAGGAACUGCACGAUUGGAAGCAUACCAGUUUUCCAUUAGAGGAUUGAGAAUCAGUCCAGGUAAAACAUUAAUUGUGGAUAGUUUUUAAAAAAGCUUUUGGAUACUGAAGAGUUUGUUUUUCAGAUCUUUCCAAGAUAGAAACAUAGCAACUAGCAGACACUUUUGGAGUCAAUUUAUUGUGAAGAGUUUUUCCAUCUUUGAGACCUGUGAUGUUGUCCUAGCUGUACCAACUGGAAAUUCGACAUUGGAAUGUAUAUUAAAGAAAAGAAAAUCCAUUCAGCUACUUUUCACUUUUUCUGUCAGUGGUUAUAGAGAAAAUAAUCUAUAUCUACGUGAAAUUAAAAUUUCCAUUUGAUUAAUGGAUUAUGCAGUCUUUAUUU